AUGUCAGCAUUUCUUGAAUUACUCCGUAAAUCAAAUCUCGAUUAUGUUAUUGCACGAAAACCAUUUAAAAUUGGUUCACGUAGUGAUGAUGUCAUAUUUGCUUCAUUUAUUGAUUUGAAGAUAAAAAGAUUACAAUUAAUCGCAUGUUUAGAUAAGCCAGAAUCGGUAACAAUAUGGUCAACAUCUUUAGAUGAACGUUCAUUUCAACUGAAUGCUCGUCUAUUAGAUAUAUCAGAACUUGGUGAAACAAUGAAUUUUCUUCGUGAACGUAUAAAUGAAUCGGAUUUUACACUUUCGAAAGCUGCAUCAACAAAUAGUGAUGGUCAAUAUGAAGUUUCACAAGUUAAUGUUACAUUUACGCAUCCGAAAAAUAAACAAUCAAUAACACUUCAACUUUACGAACAUAUUGAUGAAGCCGAAAAAUCAUCAUUUUUAAGUAAAAUUCUCCUACAUGUAUUUAAACGCAAUGAACAAUUAACAUCUGAAGUUAAAAUACAAACAUCACGUAUUAAAGAAUUAUCAUCUAAAACGCAACGUACACAAUCAAGAUCAACUGGUGGUAAUCGAAGUUUUGAUGGAAAUAAAUCAUUUGACUCAAACACUCAAAAAGGAAAUAUGAAUAAAGCACCAGAGAGUAAACAAAUGAGUUUAAUUAAUCCAACUAUUAAACGACGCAAAGCGGCAACCGGUGUUAAUUAUGAUGAUGAAGAAAGUGAUUGA